AUGAGGUGUGGCACGUCCAACACGGCGAGCGAUGUGACGAAGUACGGGGGAGAGGAGCAGCAGGCCUGGGAAAGGUCACCCAGAUGCAAGGCAAGCGGGUGGUUUGAUCCAUUCCUCACCAGAGACGGUCAUCUGCAGGUGUGUAGAGCCGGAGAGCAUCUGAAAGGCCUGCCGUUCAACCGGCAGCAGAAGCAACCGGGGAGCUUCGACAUUGUGCGCCCAAGCUUCUUCACCUGA